CACCACAGAACAACAACAACAGCAGUAACAACAACGGCUAUACAACAGUACGACUCGGAAACAAAUAUGGCGACGUCCACAUUACACGUAUUUAAAGCGGGCUUGCUUUGAAGCUAGAUAGUGAAGUUGCAGGGUUAAAAACUACUGCCAAUAACAAUCCUUUAGCAGAGGCUACGACAACAUGUCUCUACGAAGUGGUAGAGAUAAAGCGACAGCUGUCAAAACGCUCUUAUGCUUAGUGCAGGCUUUGGAAGGCCGGGCAACAACGGUGGAAUUGCAAAAUGAGAUCACGGUUCAGGGUACGAUUUGCGAUGUGGAUGGCCGAAUGAACGUACAAAUGGUGGACGCGACUAUCACACUAAUUAAUGGAUUCCAGCGGACGUUUCCCUAUUUUUAUAUCCGCGGUCGUAACGUGCGGUACGUUCAUAUCCCGUGUGACAUAAACAUCAUGGCAACUAUUGAAGAACGUGUUAAAAGCGCGCAGAGAAUCGUACCUUUAAAUCAACAGCGGAACGAGCUUCAGAUUCUCAUAACACGUAGAAAGAGGGAGCAACUCCAACGACAGGCUGCUAAUAGGAGCCGCCGGCAAACUUAACAUAAUUAUUGAAUAGCGCAAUAAAUGCGUAAAUAUUAUCAGGCUGUAUUGGACUGGGCUGUAUAUAUUCAGCUUUUAUCUAUAUAUGACAAAAUAAACGUUUGUCUUUAACCUUCUUGCAGGUAGUAUACCAAGUAAACGUAAUAAUGUAUAUAUUGAGGUAACCGGCGGUGCAAUUUGUCAUAGAGGGUCACUUCGUUGCAGUCUGCUCUGAUAUUCGCAAGAAAAAAAGAAAUUUUUACUAGUGAAGCCAAUUAUAAACGUUCGUCUUUAAUAUAUUUUCUUAGGCCUCUUAGUAUUGACAGCUCCCGCACAUCUGAUGUAAAUCAAACUGAUAAAUAUCAUAAAUUAUUCGUGUAAA